GGGAAACUCUUCUAGUGCUGCUUCCAUCACUUCUCGUGCCUAUCGACUAAUCACCGAUCGAGUAUGGUCCCAGGGGAGCGUCCCUUCAACACCGUUUCGAACGCGCAACGAUGGCGACUUUUCUGGACGAUUCGGAUGAGACAUCGCUAGUCUCAAUUCCCCUCCAGACCCGCCCGGCGUCCGACCACAUCAGUGUUGCAUCCGCGCCCUCCGUAUCUUCCUCGACUACAACUAUCACCACUGUCCCGACGACGGGAUCGUCAGACGAUGGGCUGCGCUCCUCUUGUUCGAUUUCUUCGAGUGAUACAGCAUCCAUCACCACCACCUCUGACGACAGCGGCAGAGACGGAUCUCCCACCGGAAAUAAGCUCACUGCGGUAGAGGGCCCCCCGCCAUCGGAGCAGCCUCUACAAGGAACUGCAUUCAUCGAUGAGUGGGAAGCGGAGGUCCUCGAUUAUGCGAUUCCUACCCUGAACAAUCAUCUCACCCGAAAGAAAAGCAAAACGGCCAUGAAGUACUUGCGUCGCGACUCUCGCGAGUCCCUCCAGGUUCAUCAACGUCGACGGUCGUCCUCCUGGAGCGGACAGCAACGACCCUCCACCCCGGAGAUAGAAUAUCCUCCCAUGCAAAGCCUCAGCGACAUCGCAAGUGAAAGCUCCAUCUCCGACCUGUCCGAGACGCUCUCCACGAUUAGCGAUGACGAUGAUUUGGAUCUCCUCGACGAGAAAAUCCCUCCGGCUCCGCUCAACAGCCGUACUGUCCUAGUCGCGUAUUGCAACGACGGCCCCGCGUCCCUCGAUCACAAUCCCGACACCACAGUUCUCGAUAUGCUGGAUCUCAUCUCCUGUCUCAGCGACUAUGACCCCGCCGGAAACAAAACCACCGACCCGCCGAGCAGGACUGUAUCCAAGCGGAUGUCUCACCAAUCGAUCAACGCCUCCAGUCGCAAACUCGCCUCCCUCCUCGGCCCGGAUUUCCACGGCAAAGCGACCAAACCUUCUCCAAGCGCACAACAACCCCCAUCAAAGACGUCCCUGUUCCGCCGCCGCUCCCUCCUCCCCCUCCGACCUUCGUCCUCCUCAGCAUCCCUCGCCGACCCCGUCCGUCGCGCCAGCGGUCCAGCCUCGCCAUCAUCCCAACCAAGCCUGACCUCGUCCCGCUCCUGCGACUUCCGCGAGUCCACCACCCUCACGCCACGAAGUUCGUUCCUCCGCGCAUCCGCCGGCAGCACCAAUCCUCGGAACUCCUUCCUCAGCGUCCCCGGCAGCGACAUCCACCACCACCCCACCCCAAGCCUAUCCCGCUCCUCCUCCCACACCGACGACGGCGAAGACAACGACGAUGAAAACGACGACCUCUCCUGCGCCGCGCCUCCCGACAUCCCCCUCGCGCCGACCCACCACCACCACUUUUCUCUUCCACCCCACCCGCUAUCAUCAUCAUCGUCGUCACCGUCGGGCGCAGCAGGCCGGACUCCAGCUGCAGCUGCGGCCGACCCUCCGGAAUUCUACGUCCAUCCGAUCUACGCGGGCGGCGGGUUCGGCCGUUCGAGGUUCUCGGCGUUUCGGCUGUCGCCGCCGGUGAAGACGGCUUGGUUCGUCAAUCGGGAGGGAUGAAUUUCUUUCUUCUUUCCUUUUUUUCGCUUACUUUUCGCUUUCUUUUUUUCGUUUUUGCUCCGUUUUUUCUUUCGCGUUCCAGGGCGGUGGUUUGGCCUUUUCUUUUCUUGGUUUCUUGGAACAGG